GUCGUCGCGUCGAAAAGCAAGGAGGAUUGACUUCAGCUAUAUUGAAGGUUUUCAUUGGACAAUUUUGUGAACUGUGAUAAGUUAAGCCAAUAAGUACACCUCCUUAGAAAAGGUCACGGCAUGUCGAAUAGUUAAGUCUAGUUCCCAGUGACUCUCUGUGCAAAUCAAAGGUAGGCAAUAUUGGACAGCCUAUUUUCACCAUGGUUCUACUCGACAACGAUACGUUUUUGACAGAGCUGACGCGACUUUUCCAGAAAACGAGAAUUUCUGGAGCCAUCAACGUUACAAUGAAACAGUAUUAUGGACAAACAAAGCCACCACCAAGAGACACAAAAAGGACAUCAGUGUCUGAACAUUCAGAGCACAAAUGCCUCUUCCGUGCAACGAACGGCAAGAAGAAACUCAGCACAGUGAUUAGCUCAAAAGAUGUCACAAAAUUCCAAAUGGCUUAUGCCAACGUCUUGAAAGCAAACAUGGACAAUCUUAAGAAGAGAGGCAAGCGAGAUGCCAAAACCAAGACAAAGACCAACAAGGCCACGUAAAACAGGCUGGUAGUUGUAGACUGAACUCUAAGGAAAAAAACUCUUCUUUCUAGAAUUUUUCAGAAACUCACCCUCAAAAAAAAGAGAGCUGAAGCUCAGUUGUUUUGGGGAAUAUUUCUUGAUGAACUCUUGUAAUUUCUUGCGGAAAUCUUUUUUGUUUAUUUUUAAGUGAAACUUUUUAUUUCUUUGAUCAAAGUUCUGUAUUAAUUUUUUUUUUUAAUAAUCAUCCUUGGAUUUGCAUUCAAAUCCUUGAUGUGACUUGCAUGCCAACACAACUGCGUUUUAAUAUGUGGAUUUGAGGACAAUGAAAAACAUUAAUAUAAAGUGCAUGUAGUUUUUGUGAGAUUAUGUAAAUGAAAAUUUAAUCAAGUGUUGAGGACACUGUAGAUUGGGAGCAAGUCUAACAUUAUGAAACCUUUAUAGCUUUGGUUAUCUGUGUUCGGCGUAAAUCGUCAGUCGGAACCAUGUGGUGUUCUUUUUAAUGUACAUCUAUUUGUUUUGUUAAUAUUGAUGCAGGGGUUAACAGUGUGGUGCAUGGUGGGGUAGCAUAGUUGUCUGUGGUUUUUAGUUUAAUUGUCUCCAAAAAUUUGACUGAUAGAAGAAGAUAUCUCUAGUCACGCUGCUGACGCAAACUCUUAAUUGAAUGCUUUGUUUUGAACUGGUGUUUGAGGGAAUUGACCUAUCGCGGUAGAAUGGCGUCAACGCAGCUUGUGAAAUAUUGUCCAAUUACAUGAUACAUGUAUACACAUUUGAACGCGCAACACGCAAAAUCUGAGACAAACAAACUAACGUACAAAAUUCCCUAUAGGAUUGUCUAAGGGGCGUGGCUAACUCACAAACGAUGAUGGGUCAAUAGGUGUUUGAGGGAAAUGCUGAUUAUUGACAAUAACUAUAUUCAGUUAUUUUCCUUGAAGUCAUGCUCAAAACAAAAGACAGUGUUACAAAAUUACAAAUUUGAAUCUCUUUGGCCAAAACAGCUGUGUCUCAACGGACAGUUCAUCUACUCAUUUGUUAGUGAAUUUUCUUUUUCUUUUCGUGAGAACUGCGUCAUUUGUUAUCCUUUUCCCUUGUACCAUUUAAAGUAAUAUUACAUAAGAAUUGCAUAUUUUGUAAAUAAGACAGUACCACAUGCAAUAAAAUACAGUUAACUCAAAAGA